AACGGGGCCCUGAACGUUGCUAUGGCGAUGCCUGUCAACCGGGAAGUCCUUCACAGGCCAAGCGAGUGGUGAGAGAGGCAGAGAGAGAGGGAGAGAGAGAGAGCAACAGUGCUAACAGUCCGGUGAACAACACGUUAGGUUGUGUACUCUGAGAGUUGCUUAGCGCUGUGGAGCCGUUACUUCUGGGCUGUUCUUCGAAGCUGGUGAGGUGGAACCCACGCUGCUUCGUACCAGGCAGUAGAUAACCGAUGCCAUGCAGGCUCAGCGAGUGGAAGCGGUGGACCACAGCGACGGCUCACAGACCAGGUACUCCGGAGACGGAGGGUCUUCGGGUCAUCAGCAGCAGCUCCUGACGUCUCCUGAGCUGGUGGUCAUCUCCCCCGGGCUGCCCACCCCUCCGCUGAGCCCCUUCCGCUCUGCCAGACAGCCCUCAGGGGAACACAAGGACUCAGAGAUGAACGGGGGCGGUGUCAACACACUGAGCUUCGGAUCCUACUACGGCCCUGCCCAGACUCACGAAGGGGGGCUGACCAAUGGGGUGCAGGCAGGGGGCGGGGCCACUCUGCCUCGCCGGUCUGAGCCAACCAGGGAGGAGAGGCUCAUCAAGUUCCAGGGGAUCGGACCUGUGGACGAAACAGGCAUGCCCAUCGCCUCCAGAACAAGUGUGAACAAGCCCAGGGAAUGGUACAAGAGCAUGUUCCGGCAGAUCCACAGGAAGCCAGAAGAAUCUGACCUGGAGUCUGAGAGCUGGAUCACAGAACGGAUCCAGUCUGCCAGUCCAGACCAGGAGAGGGACUCACAGAAGACAGACUUGUUCAGACUGAACCCCCAUGGAGCCCUGCCAGACUGGACGGAGGAUAUAGACUCUAUAGCCACCCCUCAGCCCAGGAGUAUCUUUGACUUUGAGCCUGGAAGGACCACCACCGUCGAAAACCAUCACCAGCUCUACCAAAUCCAGGAGAAACCGGCCCAGAAGAAACCGACCCCCCCCUCCAUCGAGGCCAGUCUGGUGUCUGAGCUGAUGAGCUUUGAGGCGGAGCUGGACUCGGACAUCCAGGGCCUGGAGAGAACGCUCUCCCAGAGGACGUGCCGCCAGCGUCCAGGCCGGGGUGAGGAGCCCAGAAGCAAGAAUCCCGGCCCUGUUUCAGCGAUAGGCAGUGCUAACUACAGCUCACUGCCUGCAACCAAGCCGGCGGGAAGACCUUCCCUCAGCGGGCCUGCAGCUUCCGCUCCCAGAACGCUGUCCCCUCACGCAGACGCAGAAGGCCUCUCCUCUGCAUCUGACGGCAUGGACGUCCCUCCAAAACGAGAGGAGAAGAAGAUGAAAGCGGCGAGAGUCAAGUUCAAUUUCCAGGCACAGUCCCCCAAGGAGCUGACUCUGCAGAAAGGGGACAUCGUUUACAUCCACCGAAAGGUAGACUCCAACUGGUACGACGGAGAGCAUCACGGCAGAGCCGGGAUUUUCCCCACCACCUAUGUUGAGGUGCUGGCUCCCACGGAGAAGCCCACCCCCAUCAGGACCCCCACCGUCCAGGUGGUGGACUGCGGCGAGGCGGUGGCGCUCUACACCUUCAAUGCGGACCUCCCCGUGGAGCUCUCCUUCAGGAAGGGGGAGCUGAUCAGUGUGACCCGCCGUGUGGACGACAGGUGGCUGGAGGGCAGGAUCCCAGGGACCAGCCGGAGCGGCAUCUUCCCCGCCAACUACGUCCAGGGCGGAGCUCCAGCCCAGCCUCACCCCAACUCCAGCACAGCGCCAAAAACACCAAGAGCGCCAAACAACUACGGCUCCGCUUCGGCACAACGCCCUCCAUACAAAGCUGUGUACAACUACAAACCCCAGAAUACAGAUGAGCUGGAACUGAGGGAGGGGGACAUUGUCCAAGUGAUGGAGAUGUGUGACGACGGCUGGUUUGUAGGUACGUCAGAGCGGACCCACGCCUUCGGGACUUUCCCAGGGAAUUAUGUGGCACCUGUUUAAUAGCACUUGGGUCUAGCCCUCAACACACAGCCACUGCACCUGGGCUGACCAGCGGGCUGGUGUUGAGUCUCAUUGCUCGUUCCCACCACCACAACCGGAGGCGUCCAGCCCCAAGCCUCACCAGCACUGCUCGGAAACUUCAUCUCAUUUCAAUCUGUCACCCAACACCCUGUUAAAAUCCUGCUUGAGUUGAUUUUCCCUGCAUGCUACACACUGCCCAGAGACUCAGCUGCCCUCUAAUGUCCAGAACAGAGGCUCGGCCAUGAACACUGUGUGUGUUCCCACCACACCUUUCUGCUGUGUGUGUGAGAGAGCGAGAGAGCGAGAGAGAGAGAGAGAGCGAGAGAGCGAGAGAGAGAGAGCGAGAGAGCGAGAGAGAGAGAGAGAGAGAGAGAGAGAGCAUAAGUAAGUUCACAUUUGUACAUUCAUGUAAGUGUGUGUGUGCGUGCAUGCCUGCGUACGUGCGUGCAUACAUACGUGUGUCAGUGUGAGUCUACUAGUCUUUGUGUGUGUGUGUGUGUGUGUGUGUGUGUGUGUGUGUGUGUGUGUGUGUGUGUGUGUGUGUGUGUGUGUGUGUGUGUGUGUGUGUGUGUGUGUGUGUGUGUGUGUGUGUGUGAGAGAGCAAGUGAAUGAGCAAGCUUCUGGUUGUGUGAGGCAGGAUGUGUGUGUGAGCGUGCCUCUCUUUCUCAGGUGAACAGCAUGCGUGAGUUUAACUGUUGAUAUGUGCACUGUGUGUGUGUAUUCCACUGAGUGUGCCCCACACACACAAUCACUCUCCCAACCGAGGUAAAGAGGCGGCAAGGUGCACAGAAAAUAAUGUCUUCCCCCAGCUAUGCAGCCACAGACACUUCAGACACGUCAGACACUUCUGCGUCCUGCGAACCUCUCUUGUCCCGCAGCUUGUUCUCUGCGAGCUCCUGCUGGAAUCCGUUGACACAGGGAAUGACGCUCCACCAAGAACGCUUCACUUGAACUGUUCACCAUCACCUGAUCACCUGACCGCUGCCCAAUGGCAGACGCCUGUGAAUAACUAUGUGAGUGCCAUGUUGUGACAUGUGACAUGUCUCUCCCCCCUAACCUUAUGCCUUUCAGAUCUUUGAGAAAAGCCCUGGCUGAGUGAGAUGUCACAUCGCCAUGUCGACGGUCUCUAGACCGUCUCAUACUUAACUCAUCUAACAGUGGGCCCAAUAACAUGUGUUCCUACGUUUACAACAUUGAGAAUCACAACCAGGAUACACGUGAACGCUUAGGCUAACACCACUUUCUAGUUAUUCAUGUAUUGUUUUACUGUUUGCCUUCAUGAGGAAGUCUGUGUGAAGAUCCGAGCUGUAUGUUCAUCCAUUAAGCUGAAUAUGUGAUUUGAAUGUAACGCAGACAGGAAAUUAUGACACUGUCUGUUAUGAGGUAUAAUAGGAGUCAACAAUAACCUGCCAUUUUAAACGAUAUGUCUGAAGCAGAAAGACAGGCUAACCUUGAGUUGGUUUUCUAUCUUGACUACAAUGUUUUUAGACAAUCCCGCCACCAUUUCCAGCUUAGCUUCUAUAUUCGAUUAUUUAAAUAGCUCUGUACGCUUCUACUGUUCACACUGGCUUAUCGUUUAACUUUAUCACUUUGAAGAGUACACAUAAAAAUUAGUAAAUCAGUUACUAUUGCUCCAAGUAUCAAUUAGUGCGGCAUAGGUAAUGCCGAUCAGGACAGCGAUCCAUAUAUUCAUACAUUCUAUGGUUGAGUAAAGCCCAGGACAUAAAAAAGAUGAUUGUACAGACUAUUACUGUUAUCAAAUGAAUGUAUAAUAUAUUUUGCUUAAUAAAAAGAUGUUUAAAAAAUGUGGUACACAAUAAAACUUUUUUAUUAAUAAAAAAUGGAUUGAUGAUUGAUUGAGUGUUUCUGUCAUUUGUAAAUAUAAGACAUUGAGAAAUCAACAUUAGAGAAGCCUUUUCAAGCAUUAAAUUAACAAGGAUAGAUAGGUAUUGCAAACUGCUGACGUUUCUUAUACCAAGUACACAUUUCGGCAUGAUUCCAAUUUUUUCAGCACUACAGAACGACAUUUAUAUUAACUUAUAAGACACAAAUACGUCAAAUUUACUGAUUGAUGUAAGUCCCCUUUAUUUGGAUUGGGAU